AUGCCCGAAAACUCCCCGCAUGUGACGGGUGCAAGGCCUAGAAGGAGCCUUGGGGAAGUCUUCCGCGCUUUGGUCAUCAAACGCCAGAAAGGCGGCUACGGCUACGGCAGCGGCUACGGCCGGGGUCGUUACGGCUACGGCCGCGGACGAUACGGCCGGGGAAGCUACGGUCGCGGCAAAGGCCGAGGAUACAAAGGAGGCCGAAAAGGCAAAGGCAAGGGAAAGGGCAAGGGAAAGAGGAACCAGGUAACAAAAGAGAUGCUAGACAGACAGUUGGAGGAGUACAUGGGGCCGGACGCGAUGAAGGCCAUGCUGGACCUGGAGCUGGAGGCCUACUUCAAGGAUAAGAAAAGCCUGGAAGCUCCGAAAGUGGAGUCGGCCGCCGGCAACCCCUGA